GGGAACUCGGGUGCCGGGGCCAGACAGUCGGCCGCUGCGCUGGUCGCGACGUAGUCGUGUUGUGACGCCGACAGAGAGCGCGCAGGUUCCUGGCGGUUCGUCGCCAAGUUAAAUGGCCCGUGUGUCGGGCGGGUAGCGACCUACUCACUGCAAACGGCGAGCGUGCAUGCAGCGCGGACCGCAGUGUCCUGUGGAGAUGGCGGGCAGCAGUGGUGCCAACGCUCCGGGCGGUGCCCCGGGGGAAAACACGGACCAGGAUGGAGUGGACAUAGCGUGUCGCCGGCCCAAGACAGGUAUCGCAACACCUCAACCUUCGUCAACGACAAAUCCCGUUCAGGAAGCGACAGGUGAUGAUAACGUUGACAGGACUUCUGAGGUUGCGGAGAGCAAGCACUCGGAGAAUGGCUCCGACGCCAUCACCGAGGAGACGUCCGACAUCUUCCCCAGCCUGUCGGACCCGCAGCUCGCCAGCAUGGGGCUGCUGCCUCUCUCGGAUCAGCCCGUCAGCGAGGUGCUGACAGAGCAAGAUGUCGAGAACCGCUACACUUCUCUGUCGCUGGCCUUCAAGACGGACAAGGUGACCCUCCGGCAGCGCUUCGACCUUCAGCACCGCCAGAGGGACCAGGCCGAGAAGAACAUGCAGGCCGAGGUGGAGCGCCUCAAGGCAGCCGUCCAGAAGCUGAACAGACUGUGCGUGGACUCGGAGUCGGCCGAUAUACUCACGCAGAUCCAGAGCCAGGUCCACGUGCUGCAGCAGUCCACGGAGCAAGUCUCCAACUCUGCCGAGAUGUUCGGCGCCGUGCAGCAGGAGCAGCGACUCAGCAAGGCCGUCGAGGUGAUGCUGGCUCAUGUGGACAACCUCAAGAGGGUGUACGAGAAGGAACACUCCGAGCUGGAGGAGACAAGGCGCCUGCUGACGGAGAACAAGAUCGUGCUGGGGGACUCGACGGAAACGGACGACCCGGCUUCGCGGGGACGUCACCGCUCCAUCCAGACUCUGACGGGCGCCGGCAAGAUCGCCUCCCAGCCCGGAGCGAAGCGAAGAGCAAGUAUCGCCGUGCCCCAGCGCUCUCCUGGAUCGUCUGACUCCCUCAGAGGCGGCAUCUCGUCUUCCUACCUGGCGGAUAUAAAGAGUCGCUUUGGCAGCAGCACCCUGAGACGACGCCCAUCUCUGAACCCGGCCCAGCCCUCGGCCACGAGCGAGACUCCCCCCGCCCAAUGGGACUCCGCAGACCGCUUGGACAAGACAGAUUCGAGUGGCAUGGACGAAAUAGAGGAGCUGUCUGAAAGUCGAAGAGAAAGUGCGACAUCGACCCAGGAGCCAAAAAGCAGCGACGAACUCGCUGACGGGAGCGUCAGUGCCUUCGUGUCUUCCGACUCCAGCAUCAUAAUGAACGGCAAUGGGGUCGCAGGGGGCCAGUCGCAGGAGUUGGAGGAGCUGGUCCACUUCUCCCUGGACUCCGAGCAGGAGCACGAGGAGGAGGAGGAAGACGAAGACAAGCACCACCGGGCGCCGGCGGCCUUCGAGAGCGUCUACCGCCCGCUCGACUGCGUGUGGGACUGCUUCUCGCUGGUGUGCACCUGGGCGAUGGACCUCCUCGACCCCUACCUGCCGCUGGACGGGACGUACGUCCUGCAGACGGUGCGCCGCGCCAUCGCCGCCACCCUGCUGCUGGCCGCCGCGUGGUGCGCCUGCUGCUCGCUCUUCCAGGCGGCCAGCGCAGCGCCGUGCCGCCCCACGUGAAACCGUUUUCUUCCGGGCCACGGGCAUUCCAGCCCAACCUUACAAGUGCGUUUGUUUCCCCGUUUCUGGAGGCAGAAAAACCCGCGUUGUAGUAAAUUACUAACAAGCAAGUUUCUGCAGCAGGAUUGAAUCGUUUAGGACUGAAGGUUACGUUUUUUUUUUUUUUUUUCCUUCAGACAAAUGCUAUUCGGAAUGAGAACAUACAGGUACAGCUGUUUACACUGACACGUAUAGAAUGAAACAUCAUUACUGCUCUAAAGCCUGAAAUUCUUAAAUUAAUUAAUAAACUAUAAAUUCAUAAAUUACUUUUGAAGAGAUAAUUAAUUGGUUGAAACAGUAGUACACCUAGCACAAAACACAGGAAAAACCAUGAAUAUAAACAACUUUUGCAUUUUCAGAAAAAAAAUUUUAAAAAUUAACCUAUAGUUCUAACAAAACCAUUUUAUCAACCAACUUGGUUUCAUAAUCAUAACAUUAUGAUAAUAUGGGCAAAUUUUCAACUGAAGUUUCUAUACUGACAUGUGGAAUGGCAAUCAGUGGUGUAUAUUUGUUGGUUGUAUUUCCAUUAGUUGACUUAUAAUUACAUGCACAAAAUGUCGCCUGCUGGUCAGUAAAUGUGUUAUAAAAAUAAAAAUUUUAUUUAUUGUUA